GUGUGUUGUGGAUUUUCUCACGUGUGAAGCAGAGUGGACUUUUCUGGAGUCUACUCUUGAAAUUAUUAUCAGAGUCUGCAGGUAAUAGUCAGUACUUUUGUCUUAAAGACAUUUUUUAUAUUUUCUGGAUAACAGAUUAUGAACUAGAUCAUCUUGAAUCGAAUAAAAGAAGAAAAAGACAGUUGACGCAGACAUGGAGAGAAACGAUGGGGGAGAAGUGGAGGACUCUCUAAAAGAUGAAAACGCCAAUACGGAGGAGUGUGAAGAACAAGUUAAAUCAGAUGAACAACAUGAGGACAGUAAUGGAGAUGAAGACGACGAUGAAGAGGAGGAAGGAGGUGAGGACACUGAGAAAGGAGAAAAUGCUGACUCUGAAAAUGAAAGUGCUGCAGAUCCAGAAGGGCACACUGGUGGAGAAUCUACAACUCGACAAAAGAAGACAAAGUUUGGGAUAAAAUCUGACAAAAAGGUGGUUCCAGGGAUCAUUUACCUGGGACAUAUCCCACCCAGACUCAAACCCAAACACCUGAGGAACCUGCUGUCGGUCUAUGGGGAGAUUGGACGCAUUUUUCUACAACCAGAAGAUGGUAUGGUCCGGAAGAGAAAGAAAAAGUCUGGUCUGCGUCGCUGUGACUUCACUGAGGGAUGGGUGGAGUUCAGGGACAAACGUGUGGCAAAGAGAGUGGCCGCCUCUCUCCAUAACACUCCGAUGGGAACCAGGAAGAGGCAGCGCUUUGCCGCCGACCUGUGGUGCAUCAAGUACCUGCAUCGUUUCCAGUGGACACAUCUGAGCGAACGCCUGGCCUAUGAACAGACUGUGCUCCAGCAGAGACUCAGAACCGAAGUCUCUCAGGCCAAAAGAGAAACCAACUUCUACCUCAACAAUGUGGACAAAGGAGAGAGGAUGGAGCGCCAGAGGAAAAAGAGGCAGAGAGAUGGGCAACAGGACGAGGAGAGAACAUGGGACUUCACUCAGAGACAAACUGAAGAGGAGAUUCAGAACAGAAAGAAGAGGAAAAAUAAGGACUCACUUUCACAGAAACAAAUGGACAAGUCCCGCCUCAUACAGCAGAAGAGCCAAUCAAAUGUCUCAUUGCUUGCCAAGAUCUUCAAUGCCAAUCAAUCAUAAGCAAACUGACUAUAUGCUGGCAGAGCAAACAUUGGAAUAUUUUUAUUCUGCAAAUGCAGUUUGUCCUUGCCAACCACUGGGUCUGUUUUUGGAGCCAACUAUGCAGUCUCUGCCAGGUUAAUUUAUGUAAAGACAUGAGGAGAAAAUGUUUUGUUCUUUUUCUCAAUAAAUUAACUAAUUGUG